GGGAGGGUGUGCAUGUGCAAGUUCCAUGUCUACAUCGUAUGGCUGAGGACCCAUUUAUAAACCAAUACCAGGUCACUGGGGAAGUCACACAACACUCACGACCACAGAGAGACAGAGAAAAACACCUGCUCCAAACAGCCCAGUCUACCAUUGAAGAAUCUAUCCUCUCUCCUCCUUUUUUGCUCACUCGUUCAUUUACCUCCUGGGACAUGAUGUGGAAACCACUGGUAUUAGCUGUGUGUCUGUUAGUGGCUGGGGUGCAGGGGAUGGAGCGCCCCAUGUAUGGAGUGAAGCUAUGUGGCCGGGAGUUCAUCCGGGCGGUCAUCUUCACCUGUGGAGGAUCUCGCUGGAGACGGUCACUCGGGAGUGCAGGAGACUUCCCUCAGGACCCUUUCAGCUCCCAUGACGAGGACUCGUCUGAAGGCUGGAACUCAGACUCCCAGGUCCCAGAGGGUCCCUUCCAGCAUGUCCAGGAGGGUGGGGUGUUCAUCAGCAGGCCAGCCCGCUCCCUCAUCUCAGAGGACAUACUGGAGGCUCUCCGUAUGUCAGACCGUAAGAGCCGUGAUGUGGUGGUGGGCCUGUCCAACGCCUGCUGCAAGUGGGGCUGCAGCAAGGGAGACAUCAGCUCCCUUUGCUGAGAAUCCACCCCAUUCUCUCUCCUCCCAUGCACACACAUAGCCCUACACAUACCUGGUAUUUUCUCAUCUCUCUCUCUCUGUUUUUCUAACUGCUCUCCAGAGUGUUUCCGAGUUAAAGUAUCAUGUUAACUGUUCAGGGAGAAUAUAACCUUAUUCUCCAUAUAGACCCAGUCGGUAUUAGAUUGAACGUCAUGACACUACCUGCCUGUAAAACAACCUGUGUUUACCUAGGUUUCCCCAUUGACUCACAGCAAAAACGUUAUCUUUUUCAAACGCAAUUUUCUUAUUGUCUGCUUGUUUUAGUCAAUUACAAAACUCCAUUUACAAAAAGUACAACAUGUCUAAAGAUUACUUUUCAAUAUUGCCUCUCCCUAGCGUUCAUACUACUUAGAAAAAGGUAAUAUUGUGGGGCUUCCCUUAUUAUGCUUUUUCCAUGACAAUGCUAGCAGCAAUUUGAGUGACAGCUAGCUACUGACCGGAACAUUAAGCUAGCCAAGACCAAUAACACAAACAAUCUGACUAUCCAGCUAGUGGAAUUACAAACGGACAGUAUGAGCUAAACAAGUUAAAUGUGUUAACCGUGAUGAAAUGUUUUCCACACACAUACCUACGUAUAGCCUUCUUGGACACCGCGUCCCCACAUUUCCCACACCGAAUAGCCUGAAGCCACAGGGCUCUUCUCCCAGGCUCUAUUUCCCAACGUGGGACCAUUGCGAACCAUUGAUCGGAAUUUCAGCGGGUUUUCCCCAAUUUAUGGGCGUGGUCUAGGGGAAUUCCUUAUUAUUAUGUCAUUACCGACUGGGACUGAAUACCGAUAUCUUCCUGUCUCUAUACGUGUGGAAUGUGGCUACCUGUGAUGAAAUGUGGUUUCCAGACCACUUUCUCCAUGGCUGUUUUUGGAUCCUUCCUACUUUUUGCCUCACUGUCAUCAUUCACAUAUUUUUAAUUUUUAAAUCUGUCAAAUCUGUUUAAUUUUGUAUUAUGAACCUGUUAUAAAGGUUUUAAUAAAGAUUUGAUUUGCUUAACA